AUGGGACACUCACCAUUUGAAUUGACCAUGGGUCCACAAUCUCUAAGCUCUAGAACUUAUCAAAUAACAAGGUCCAAGAUAUUUAAUAGCUGCCUACUAAUUCGCCAAGAACUGCAACAACCUCAUUGA